CCAUGCCUCCUUUUUCCAAGUAAUCACUCCAAUGGCUUCUCACCCACCUUCCUCUUUCUUCAGUCUGAUGCUCGACCCGUCUGCCACUAUUCUGAAAAUAUCAGAUGAGUUUGUGACCAAACACUUGAAGAACAAAAUCCCAAAAGGCCCAAUAGUUAUAUGUGCAAAUGGGGGGCAUUCAUGGAAAAUAAAGAUCAAGAAAGUUGGUAAAGAUUAUUAUUUUGACAGUGGAUGGACUAAUGUUGUUAAAGAUGUUAACUUUAUGUUUGGGGAUUUUGUUUUAUUUAGACUUGUUGAGAAAUACAAAUUUAGGAUGUUUGUUUAUGGUAAAGAUAGCUGUGAAAGAAGUUUGCUUAAGAAAGUUAAGGUUGAAGAUGAUAGUAGCAGUAGUGUUGACAAUGUUGUUACUAAUGUUGAUGUUGUUAGUGAUGAUGAUGUUGAUGACAGUGAGAAUGAUGCUGAUGUUGAAGAUAGUGAGGAUGAUGAUGAUGAUGUGGAUGAUGAUGAUGAUGAUGAUGAGGAGGAGGAGGAGGAGGAGGAGGAUGUGGAUGAUGGUGAAGAAGACAGACGAAGAAGACGAAGAAGAAGAAGAAGAAGAAGAAGAAGAAGAAGAAGAAGAAGAGGAUGCAGUUGAUAUGGAUGGUCAUGAUGGGGAUCCUUUCUUUGUGUCAACUAUCUCGAAAGCCCGCAGAACAAAUUUGCGGCUUCCGGAUAAAUUUGUGGAGUUGGCUGGAAUAGAAAAUGAAAGAAGCAUAAUGUUGAAGAAUCUUGAUGAAGAAGAAUUGCGAAUGGAGUUGCGGCCAGAAAAAGUGAAUCAGUCGGAAAAGUUAUAUAUUUCGUCGGGGUGGAUUAAGUUCCAGCAAAGUAAUGACUUACGGGAAGGAGAUGAAUGUGUUUUUAAGUUCAUCAAAAGUGAAGGUAAGAUACUUCUAGCAAAAGUCACCAAGAAAAAAAGGCCAGCAAGGCAGUCACAACCAUCUGGUGAAUGCUCCAAGACUGAAGUAACGAAGAGGGAGAGUGCACAUGAAAGUGAUGUAGAUGUGGAAAGUGAAGAUGAGUACAUGGAAAUGGUGAAGAGAUUGCGUGGUAAUGAUGACGUUGACGAACAUGAAGAUAGUGAUGAAGACGAAGAUGAAGAUGAAGAUGAAGAUGGUGAAGAUGAUAAUGAUGAUGGUGGUGGUGAUGAUGGCGAAGAAGAUGAUGAAGAAAAAGAUGGUGUUGACAUUGAUGGCAAUCCCUUCUUUAAGUCAACUAUCUUAAAGUGCAACAAAAGUAUACUGCGGCUUCCGGAGGAAUUUGUGGGGUUACCUGGAAUAAAAGCAAACGAAACCAUAAUGUUGAAGAAUCUCAAAGGAGAAGAAUGGCCAAUUAGCGUGCUGUUGGAUAGAUCGUAUAAAUCGGAAAGGUACCUUUUGUCGGCAGGUUGGAUUAGAUUCCUGCGAAGUAAUGAUAUAUGGGUUGGUGAUGAAUGCAUACUCAAGUUUAUCAGAAAAGAAAGUAAGUUAUGUCUGGCUAAAGUCACCAAGAAACAAAGACAAGCUUGGCAGCCACAAUCAUCUGGUGAAAUUCCGGCGGCAGAAGAUGUCAAGAGAAAGAGGGGGCGACCACGGUGUGAAGACGGUGGAGAUGUGGAUGUGGAAAGUGAAGAUGACUGUGUGGAAUUGGUGAAGAGACCACGUCGUGAAGAUAUUAAUGAUGAAGAUAAUGAUGAAGAUAAGGAUAAUGAUAUAAACGACGAUGAUAAUCAUAAUGAUAAUGAUAGUGAAGACGAAGAUGAUAACGAUGGUGGUGGCGGUAACACUAACGAUGGUGAUGUGGAUGUGAAAUAUAAGGGUGAGUGUGUGGAAGUGGUAAAGAGACCAUGUGGUGAAGAUCACGAUGAAGAAGAUGACGAUGAUGGCAAAGAUAACAGUGUAGAUAAUGGGAAAGAUACUGACAAUGAUGGCAAAGAUGACAAGGAUGGUGAUGUCGGCGAUCCUUCGUUUUCAACGAUUAUAACUAAAAGCCUUGAUUUGCUGCUUCCGGAGGCAUUUGCGGGGUUGCCUGGAAUAAAUGCUGGGGGAACCAUAAUGCUGAAAAAUCUUACAGGAGAAGAGUGCUCAAUGGGCGUGCGGUUGAAUAAAAAGUAUCAGAAAUCGAAAAGAUACAGUUUGUCGGCGGGAUGGCCUGGUUUCUUGCGAAGUAAUGGUAUAUUCGUUGGUGAUGAAUGCGUAAUAAAGUUGAUCAGAAAUGAAGGUAAGUUAUGUCUAACAAAAGUCACGAAGAAAAAUAGUCCAACAAAGCAAGCACAAUCAUCCGGCGAAAUAGCGGUAACUGAAAUUGUGAAGAGAAAGAGGGGGCAGCCCCCUCGUGAAGCUCUUGGUGAUAUGGAUGUGGAAAAUGAGGAUGAGUGUGUGGAAGUGGUAAAGAGACCAUGUGUUGAGGGUGCUGGCAAGCAAGAUGACGAAGACGAUGAUGUUGAAGAUGAUGGUAAUAAUAAUGAUAAUGCUGGUCAAGAUGACAUUGAUGCUGGUGGUGGUACUAUUGAUGGUGAUGUUGGUGAUCCUUCCUUCACGACGAUUAUCCCUAAAAGAUUGUACUUGGCACUCCCGGAGGAAUUUUCAGGAUUGCCUGGAAUAAAGGCUGGGGAAAACAUAAUGAUGAAGAACCUUAAAGGUGAAGAGUGGCCAGUUGGUGUGCGGUUGAAUACUGCAUAUCAGAAAUCAGUAAGGUAUACUUUGACAGUAGGAUGUCUUGAAUUCUUGCGGGACAAUAAUUUGUCCGAAGGUGAUGAAUGCGUGUUCAAGUUCAUUAGAAAUGAAGGUAAAUUAUGUCUGGCAAACGUCAAGAGUAAAAGGCAACUGAGGACACGAAAGUCAGCCGAUAGAAUGCUGAAGACUGAAGUUGUGAAUAGGAAAAGGGGACUGUCAUCAUCACCUGUACACAAUGGUGGUGCCAGUAAAAGUCCGGGAAGGAAAAGAGAGCAGCCACCACCACCUGUUGUGAAUAGAAAGAGGGGGCGGCCGUCGUCGCGUGAACACCAUGUUGGUGCUAAUGUGGAAAGCAAAAGUGGGGACAUCAAGAAGCGACCUCGUGGAAGACCAGGCUGUCAGUAAAAAUAAAAAUAAAAUGUCAUGAUACUUUUGAGAUAUAUAUUAGUGGACUAACUUGAAUAAUAACCUUUUGAAGUACUAAAUACCAAGGCUAUACCUUGUUUCUCUAUAUUUGAAGAUCUGGAGUACCAAAUUUGAAGAAAACUUGUCAUUGGAUGCUUAGGGUUUCAGCGCAUUUUGUAUUUAGAAUCUCCUAAUAAUUUAGAGACGCCUAAAAUCCACAAUUGUAUAUUGUAUAAUAACAUAGUUAAUUUAAGUGUUGUAUAGCAUCAUAUUCCACUCUCUUUUUUUUUUUUUUCCUGGAGAUGGAGAAAUAUCAUCUAGAUGUAUGUCCUUCUGUGUAGGCGGUUACCGGCCUUGUUUACUUAACAUAAGCCUGGUUUUCUCACAUCAGGGCUGUUUACCUCA